AUGCAGCAGUUGUGGCUGGCUGGCUUGUGUUUCCAAGUCUCCCAUCCCUCUGAGCAGCCCCCAGUGCUUCACCCCAUACAUCUCACACAGAUUACACUGCAAACCUGUCAUGCCUGGUGCAAAGUGUGGUGCUGCUGCAAACACCCCAAGAAGCCACGUGCUGCUGCCCAGUCUUCCAAGGCCAAGAUGGUCAAGAAUCAGCCUGUUGAGGUAUCUGACAGUGGAGAUGACUAUGUCCCAGAGCCAAAACAGCAGUUCAGACAGGCAGCUAAGCAUGGACCUUCCAAGCAUGUGCAAUCUGCAAAGGCCAAGCCCAAUUUAGUCAUGCUUCCUGAUGAAGAAAAUGUACAGGAGGAGACAGCAGAUGUGGCUACUGUUGCAUCCAGUGAUGAUGAGCCUAUUGUAUCUACUGAGGACCAUGGCUCUACCCCAAAGAUGAGAAGGCGUCACUCAUUCAUUAAUCCUGAAUGGGACACCGAACUUGUGGGUUCAAACCCCAAUAGUCCCAUCAAAAGCAAAGAUAAAGUGAGAGCCAAGCGUAUUGAGCACCCAACUCCUGUUGCAGAUGAAGAAGCAGAGUCCCUGAAUGCAUCACCACCCAAGCAGUCACAUACAAUGGUGGAGGCUGUGUUCAUCGAGGGCAAGCGACUUGACACCAUCAUUGAGACAUCAAAAACCCUCAAGUGUGGGAAGCAACCAUCUGGCAAGGACAGAGACAAUGGUAUUCCUGGUGCAGUGUUCAUUAGCUACAUGAUGCCCAAGCUUGAGCUCUUUCCCUCUACAGGAAAUGAGACAAUCUACUUCAGAAACCUGGGACGUACAGCAGGUGACAGAUCAGACAUGCCACCCCCCAUUGCAGUUCUCGAGAAAUUCAUUGCAGUCCUCAUUGAUCUAUGA